AUGAGCAAACACGAACUUUUGGUUUACGGGGCUUACGGCUACACAGGCAACCUGAUUUGCCAGCACUUGGAGAGUCUUGGCGAACAAUUCAUUGUUGCUGGACGUGACGAGGCCAAGACCCAGGCGCUUGCCAAACAGUACAACAGGCCCGCCAAGGUUUUUUCGCUUGAUAACCGUAAAGCUACGGUGGAGGCUCUAAAGGAUGUUUCCGUCGUAUUGCACUGCGCUGGCCCUUAUUCUGCUACCUCGAAGCCAAUGGUCGAUGCUUGUAUCGAAGCAAAAGCCCACUAUCUGGAUAUCACUGGCGAGUACAAAGUCAUCGAGGCAGUAGCUGCGCGUGAUAGCGAGCUUCGCAGCGCCGGUAUUCUGGGCAUGCCAAGUGUCGGAAUGGACGUGGUUCCCUCAGACUGUAUCGCUGUGUAUGUCGCCGAGAAAUUGCCGUCGGCGACUGACCUCAAGAUCUUCAUCCACGCCACGGGUGCGCCAUCUCCUGGCACGCUCAAGACAUCUCUCGAGCAAGCUGGCCAGCCAAGCAAAAUACGCAAGAAUGGCAAAAUUGUGGACGUUCGAUUCGGUAGCAUGAUCGAAAAAGUAACUUUCCCCGACAACUCGCAGAAGACUUUGGUGAACAUGCCUUGGGGUGACAUUGCCUCGGCAUACUAUUCGACGAAAAUUCCCAAUAUCUCAGUCUACAUGAACGUGGUGACCCCAAUGAUGGCCAGAAUGAGCUAUUACACCGGCCCCUUGUUGCGCACAUCUCUUGCCCAAGCUGCUCUUCGCGGUAUGGUCAACUGCUUCGUUACCGGUUCCGAUGAAACCCAGCGCGACUCCACCUCGUCCGAGUUCAUCGCAAUUGCUUCUGAUGAUAAAGGUAACGAACGCAAAGCCUACUUGAAAGUCAAAAAUGGCUAUGCUUUCACUGUGCUUUCGGCCGUUGAGAUUGCCUUGCGGGUAAUGAAGGGAGAUUUCAAGCCUGGCUUUUAUUCCCCGGCUACUUUGUACGGCGCCGAUUUAGUUCUAGAUAUUAGCGGCUCUGAACGUAAAGAUCUCUAA